AUGCCGGAUUCGACUCUUGCGACGCUGACUGAGCUCCUCGCCGAGUGCCGGCUCGACCACCUGUGUGUCUCGGGCCAGACGCUGCGCUCGCUCCGGGCCACGGCUGCCGACGGCAGACCGGCACUCCUCGAAGCCCUGCGCGGCGCCGGAGUCGGAAAGGCGCCGCAGCGCUCGACGAUUGCGAAUGCGCUCAGCAAGGCCGAGCGCGCGGGCCGGCUACAGCCGUCUCAGGACGAGGAGCCCGGCGAGGCGCCCGAUCCGGACGGGCCGCUCUCGGCCCACGGCAUUCGCGAUGGCGGCUGGGAGGACGGCCGCCUCGCCGAGUUAUUGAGCGCCGCGCUGCCGGGCCUUCACACGUCGGCGCCGUCCAUGCCGGGCGAGGAGAAGGGCGCGCAGGCGAGGUCCAAGUGCUUCGUGCCUCGGCCCGACGCGCGGGUCAGGCUGUUUUGCCUCUACGGCGUGGCGGAUGUCGCAAUGUCGCUCGAGCCGUGGAUCCGGUCGGCGCCGGCGUGGCUCGAGGUGCGGCUAUGCGACCUGCCUGGCCACGGAUUCCGGAGCGACGAGCCGCUCCCUUCCUGCGCCCUCCCAGUCGAGACUGGCCUCGACGAGGAGGACCUCGCGGGCGAGCGAGAAGGCCUCGUCGGCAGGCUGGCGGACGAGAUCCUCGCCGCGGCGGGCGAGGCGCCGUUUGCGCUGUACGGCUUCAGCUUCGGCGCCCUGCUCCUGUACGGGGUAGCGGUCGAGGCGGCGAGGAGAGGCGCGACCAACCUGCUCUGCCUCUGCGUUGCCGGGCGCGGCGCGGCGCACGCGGCCACGCUCAGCCGCGCCACGGCCGACAUGAUUGUGCGCUCCGACGCCGAGGGCAUGCUCCGCUUCCAGGGGCCGGCGGCGGCAGCCAUCCCGAAGCCGAUGCGCGAGCGGUCCUCCACCCUCUUCCGCUGCGGCGCUGCGGAUGCGCUUGGGCAGGCGGACGCGGCGGUCGGAUUCCACGCGGACACGCCGCACGCAGCUGGUGCUCCGCUCGUGGCGUGCCCGCUCGUGUCGGUGGGCUCCGACGCCGACACCGUCUGGCCCGACGCGAUGGUGAGGCGGUGGAAGGAGGUGGCGGCGCUGCCGUCCGCCGAGGAGAGGGUUGGCGGGCGGAGGCGGCACGUGCACCUCACCGUCGCGGGCGAGCAGCACAUGAAGCUGAUGAGCCACAAGCAGACGAUGGACAUCGUGUUCAGGGAGGUGGGCGUCGCUGCCCGCGCCAUGCUGCCGACCACACGGCAUCAAUAG